AUACUGCCCCGCCCAUUCGCGGACCUAUGUCGGUUGAUUUGUGCUUCCCAGGUGGUAGUGUCGAAUAUGACUCGAUCAUCGGGAAGCUCCAACCCACCGGAUCUGUCCAACGUCGUCUCCUUACAAUAUUUGCCCCCGUUGGCACAAGCCUACUCUUUCAUGCGUGAAUCCCGUGCUCAUCCCAGGCAUUACUUACCCAAAGUGCUCGUGGGAGGGCUAACCUCGGACUCCUCGAGUAUUGUUAAGGAACUAACUCAGUAACACCUUUGGCCUGCUGUAUUCCACAAUCAUCCGUAUACAUGCUUCGCUCGGUCCCAUGCAUAUUACCCAAUGUCUUAGC